CCGCACUUCAGCUCCGCAACAAACCCCGCCUCCCGCCCGCGCCUGUCUCCGACGACGCCAGCGCACCGUCCGCAGAAGCCGACCCCGGCCGGGCGAGGAUCCUGCUCCCCGCUCCAGACCCGCUGACCCGGGCAGCCACCGACGCCGCAUGGAGAUCGUGCGCUCACACCGGCAGGUCGCCGCCGCAGCUGCCGCAGCCGGCGGCGACGGCGGCGGCGCGGGGGCGCUGCCGACCUACAAGGCGGCGCCGCAGCUCGAGGUGCGGCUGGAGGAGUUCGAGCUCUUCGCCAUCGACCGCCUCCGAGUUCUCAAGGGGAUUUCGGAUGGACUCUCGCGGGGGAAGAGGCCCGAGGAGAUGGAGAAACUGGUCAGUGAAUUGUGGAAGACAUACAUGAGGCACCAGGAUCCUGCAGAGACUUUGAACAAGGAUAUAAUAUCACACUUUGUGCUCCGCCUAGUCUACUGCAGAACGGAAGAAUUGCGAAAGUGGUUUCUCUCCAUGGAGACUGCACUUUUUCGGUAUCGCUUUCGGCUUGAGAGUCCUGAAUCACAGAGGAUGCUUAUGACUGAGUUUCAACUGCCAUACAAAGCACUGCCACACUCAGAGUUUGAGGCUGUGAAAGACAAGUUGAGCCAAGUUGCGCGUUCCAUCGGUCAAUCUGCAAAUGUGGAGCAUGUGUUCUUCAAGGUACCUUUUGAAGAAGUUCCUGAUCUUGUUGCCAGCCGCCGGGUAUUUCUUUCAAAAGGCUAUGCUUAUGUGGCGAUGAGCCAGGUGGUUUCGCUAGUGGUUACUCAAUUCCGCUGCAAUAUCUCAAAGGCACUUGCUUUAACAAACAGAAAAUGGACAGCAACCAUUAAAGAACAAGAAAAAGGCAGGUUGACUCCUAUUGUCGAAGCAUUAAGUAAUGCAUAUUUUGGUCCUGAUUACUCUCAGCCAAAGGAUACUGUUGACAUAUCUCUAAAGGAUAUUGACCAACUGGCUAAAAGUUCUUUCCCUCUUUGUAUGCGGCAUAUGCUAGAUAAGUUGAGAGAAAAUCACCAUCUGAAGCAUGGGGGUAGAAUGCAGUUUGGUCUUUUUCUUAAGGGUGCUGGACUAAAGUUGGAAGAUGCUCUUGCAUUUUGGAGGGCGGAAUUUUCUCAGAAGGUUGGUUCUGAGCGGUUUGACAAGGAAUAUGCCUAUACCAUCAGACAUAAUUAUGGAAAAGAAGGAAAACGGACAGAUUACACACCAUAUUCAUGUCAAAAGAUCAUUUCUGCAACACCUGGUGUUGGAGAUCACCAUGGAUGCCCGUUUCGACAUUUCGGCGAAGAAAAUUUGCGGGCAGCACUCAACAAAAUGGGCGUUGGUGGGCAUGCAUUGGAAGAGAUAAUGGAUAAAGUGAAGAACAGGCAUUACCAGCUAGCUUGCACAUUAACCUUUGAGACCACACACGGUGUCUCCUGUGAUUCUGGAAUCAACCAUCCAAAUCAAUAUUUCAGUGAAAGCCAGAAAAUUCUGCGAGCCAAAAACCAAACAAUGGAGAGCCAAUCACAAUCAGCAACCUAAAUUGAAUCGCAGCUGGAGAAACUAUCCGUUUUCAAAAAAACUUACCAGGUAACACUGAAGCAAAAUUCAUCCUUGAUGCCAAUUAUGUUAUCAUUACUGGUUGACAAUUAUUGCUUGUUGCUCCCUGGUGUUUCCAAAUUCCAGCUGCUGGCUUGGCCUAGAAAGAAAACCUCCAGGCUCCAGCUGCGAGCUGUCAUACCCUACAAGUGAUGGCACCACACUCUACACUAGAAUAGAAGUGUUACCUAGUGCUGCGAACAGCAGCAGGUCAAGGCUGUACAUGUAAUUCUCGAAAGUACCAUAAGUGAAUAUUCUGAAUUUAAUGUAGGAUCAGCUGUGCUGUGCUGUUAUGUUAUUGUCAAACUCUGAGUAGAUGAUAAUUCUUUACUUCUGAUUCUGCCCA